CAACUACACAGCCACCUGCAACUACACAGCCACCUACAACUACACAGCCACCGACUACAACACAAGAACAGUGUGUCGCGUAUGAAGGAAUGAGCCAAGGACAGACGGUUAAAGAUGAGCAGAUCACGGAUAACAUGGGUAGAAGUGCUGCGGAUGUUAAACCCAGUAACGGUGGAUGGACGCCGCCAAAUGAUAACCCGUUUGUGCCUUCGACUACGUACAUCCAGAUCAUUCUCGGUGAGGGAGCUAUAGAUCUCAGUGAAGUGCGCGUGGCAGGAUCCGUGGAGAGCUACAUGAUCUCCUUGAGUACCGACCUAAUUUUCUACCAUAACCUCUCUAUGGCGUUCGAGGGACACGCGAAAUUUCUUGUACCGGAGCUAGCACGAAGCAUUAGAAUAUAUCCGUUGACGCUGCUCACAGGGGAAAUGGAGCUGAACGUAACGAUAGAGUUAUAUGCCUGUUUCGAAGCUGCAGUCACCACCCAACCAGGAGCCACAACACAGCCACCUACAACUAUAAAGCAGCCACACUACAACUACAUCAGCCAACCUACAGCUACACGCCACUACAACUACAGCCAAGCCACCUACAACUAUACAGGGCCACCUACACCGUUUGAGGGAGACGGUGCGACAUUCCUCAAUUGCGGUAUUAAGUGCGCCGCGCAAGGCAAUUACGAAUAUACGCCGGAUGACGUGCUUGCCGGGGCAAUGCGGCAACUAAACAUGACAAUAGAGUUGUAUGCCUGCUUCCUAGCUGAAGGCAACGCACCCACCUGGACAACAACUCAGGCCACCUACAACUACGCAGGCAGCCUACAACUACACAGGCCACCUACAACUACAUCAGCCGCUAACACUAGCGAACACGAGAAAACCAGGACACCGCAGCGCAGCCUACAAGCUACACAGCCACCUACAACUACGGCACCAGUAACCCACAACACAGGGGCCCAGCCUACCUAA